UGACAGCCACCCCAGCAGAGCCGUCAGUGUUGGGUGUUCGGACAAUUUGAAAGUACAAUAGUUGGUUUCCCCGUCCACCCGCCCCGCUUCGCUUGCCAUCACAGCACGCCUUUUGGAACUGAGUGGAGAAGUCCCGCUGCUUGGGUUCUCGCUCGCUCGCUCUCCAUAUAGAUACGCCUAACACCUACAUGUACUUUUAAAACAUUAAAUAUAAUUAACAAUCAAAAGAAAAAGGAGGACAAAGAAGGGAAACAUUACUGGGUUACUAUGCACUUGCGACUGAUUUCUUGGUUUUUUAUCAUUUUGAACUUUAUGGAAUACAUCGGCAGCCAAAACGCCUCCCGGGGAAGGCGCCAGCGAAGAAUGCAUCCUAAUGUCAGUCAAGGCUGCCAAGGAGGCUGUGCAACGUGUUCAGAUUACAAUGGAUGUUUGUCAUGUAAGCCCAGACUAUUUUUUGUUCUGGAAAGAAUUGGCAUGAAGCAGAUAGGAGUGUGUCUCUCUUCAUGUCCAAGUGGAUAUUAUGGAACUCGAUAUCCAGAUAUAAAUAAAUGUACAAAGUGCAAGGCUGACUGCGAUACGUGUUUCAACAAAAAUUUCUGCACAAAGUGUAAAAGUGGAUUUUACUUACACCUUGGAAAGUGCCUUGACAAUUGCCCAGAAGGGUUGGAAGCCAACAACCAUACCAUGGAGUGCAUCAGUAUUGUGCACUGUGAGGCCAGUGAAUGGAGCCCUUGGAGUCCAUGCAUGAAGAAAGGAAAAACAUGUGGCUUCAAAAGAGGGACUGAAACACGGGUCCGAGAAAUAAUACAGCAUCCUUCAGCCAAGGGUAACCUGUGUCCACCUACGAGUGAGACAAGAAAGUGUACAGUGCAAAGAAAGAAGUGUCAGAAGGGAGAACGAGGGAAAAAAGGAAGAGAGAGGAAAAGGAAAAAACUUAAUAAAGAAGAAAGUAAGGAAGCUCUCCCUGACAACAAAGGUCUGGAAUCCAGUAGAGAAACCCCAGAACAACGAGAAAACAAAGACAAACCACAGCAGAAGAAGCGAAAAGUUCAAGAAAAGACACAGAAAUCGGUAUCAGUCAGCACAGUACACUAGAUGGUCCCAUGAGAUUAUUGUAGACUCAUGAUGCUGCUAUCUCAGCCAGAUGCCCAGGACAGGUGUUCUAGCCAUUAGAACAACAAUGGACUACAUAUCUGUUAUUGCUCUGUCUAAACAACAUUGCAAAUAGUUGCUAUAUUCUUCAUAUGAGCAUAGUUAACAACAAAGAGCCAAAAGUUCAAAGAAGGGAUACUUAUGAAUGGUUAUCUUACAUGCUUCUAAGCAUUUUUAAAACACAAGAAAAUUUUGUCCAUUAUUAUCAAUAAGUUAUCAUUAAUGUAAUGAUGAUAUCUGGAGAAGAAGCCUCUUUUCCCUAUAAAAAUAUUUUUGGAGCUAUUGUUUUAAGAAGCAGAAGAUAAUUCUGAAAAUUCAAAGAUGCCAUAUCCCUUGAAAACAAAGAAAAGAUCAGGGGGAGAAAAACAAUGUCCUAAGACAAUGUGGGUUUUUUUGUUCAGGAAAUCUAGAGAAUGCUCACUCAGUAUUAGGGCCUGGCAUUUGGAAUCAUAGGAUCUAUCAUCACAGAAACAACUGUUUUAAGAUUACUUCUAUUGUCCACAUCCUAUAACUUCUGCAAGAAACAUGAGAGUGCAUACCAGAGAUAAAUAUACUGUAUGGGAUUGGAGGAAGGCAAAAUGUGGAAGAAAUAUAGAACUGGAGAUUACUUUUUUGCUCUCCCAAACUGUGAAGGGUUGUGAUCUCCUGGAACAGGUCUCCAAUCUGUGUCAGCACUGUGUGGUUUAGCCUCUGCUACCCCUUGGAUUAUAUAAGUCUGUAAACAUGUGCCUGUAACUUUCUUCCAAAAACAAAAUCAUACUUAUUAGAAGAAAACUCUGAUGUCAUAGAAAACAAACAAAAAAAUAGAGCAAGGAGAUUAUGACACGUUUGCAAAGUCAUGUGUUUUCUUUCUCUCUCAAUGAGGGAAAAAUGAUUUUAUUACCUGCUUAAUGGUUCACCUGGAACUAAAAGGGAUACUACUUUCUAACAAGGUGUAUCUAGUAGGGGAGAAAGCCACCACAAUAAAUAUAUUUGUUCAUAGUUUUUAAAGUUUAGUUCACUUUAUUUUAUCGUUGGUUUUAUUGAGUCAUUGUUACUCGUAGAGACCUGAGAAUUCUGCCAAAUCGGAGAAACUGUGACCUGCGUAAUCCAAAGCAUAUAAUGUUUCUCAAUGUUUUCUCUUUGCAUCCAUCUUUAUCUGAGCCAUUGGAGACUUACUGACAGGGUAUUAGGAGAUACUUAUUCAGUUUUUCUUUCUUAAUAAACCAACACAAUUAGUUUUGGCCACAUGAGCCUACCAAAAUGGUCUCACUGCUCCCUCUUCUUUGCCUAGAAAUGAGCAUUUUUUCCUACAUGUUGUUUUUCUCCUGCAUCUUCAGUGUUUAACCUUUUCUUCUCCAUAUUUUCUCAGUCUGUGGAUCUCUUUUGGGACUUGAUUUCACCCUAGCUGAAGGCUUCACCAAUGUUUCACAGAGGACCAGCCAAGCCAGUCCAGGAGGAGGCCUCUGAGAGUAUGCACCACAGAAUCUCAUGACCCUUAGGCUUCCUGCUGUAAUGGAAGGACAUACAGCUGCCCUGUCCACCAUGCUUCCUAGCUUUCUCAAACAUGUCUACUUUCUGAAGAAUUUCAAUGAAUCUGCUUCUGUCUCUCUGUCUCUGGGCCCUGUUCUCCAUCAACUGCACUGCUCAUGUGGACUGCUGGGCUUAAUUGGUUUUCCGAUUCUAAGAUAUAAAACUUGAAAAUGAUGUA